AUGCACACUGGCUACCUGGCUCAUACUAUCAUGCACACUGGGGACCUGGCUCACACUAUCAUGCACACUGGGGACCUGGCUCACACUAUCAUGCACACUGGGGACCUGGCUCAUACUAUCAUGCACACUGGGGACCUGGCUCAUACUAUCAUGCACACUGGGUACCUGGCUCAUACUAUCAUGCACACUGGGGACCUGGCUCACACUAUCAUGCACACUGGGUACCUGGCUCACACUAUCAUGCACACUGGGGACCUGGCUCAUACUAUCAUGCACACUGGGGACCUGGCUCACACUAUCAUGCACACUGGGGACCUGGCUCAUACUAUCAUGCACACUGGGGACCUGGUUCAUACUAUCAUGCACACUGGGUACCUGGCUCAUACUAUCAUGCACACUGCGGACCUGGCUCACACUAUCAUGCACACUGGGGACCUGGCUCACACUAUCAUGCACACUGGGUACCUGGCUCACACUAUCAUGCACACUGGGUACCUGGCUCACACUAUCAUGCACACUGGGGACCUGGCUCACACUAUCAUGCACGCUGGGUACCUGGCUCACACUAUCAUGCACGCUGGGUACCUGGCUCACACUAUCAUGCACGCUGGGUACCUGGCUCACACUAUCAUGCACGCUGGGUACCUGGCUCACACUAUCAUGCACGCUGGGUACCUGGUUCACACUAUCAUGCACGCUGGGUACCUGGCUCACAUUAUCAUGCACGCUGGGUACCUGGCUCACACUAUCAUGCACGCUGGGUACCUGGCUCACACUAUCAUGCACGCUGGGUACCUGGCUCACACUAUCAUGCACACUGGGUACCUGGCUCACACUAUCAUGCACACUGGGUACCUGGCUCACACUAUCAUGCACGCUGGGUACCUGGCUCACACUAUCAUGCACAACCCGUCCCCUAAUAGAACGUCACAUUUUGACCCUUACUUUACCUGA